CUAGAAAGAUUGAAAUUAAAAAUGCAAAGAAUAUUCUUGUUUGUGCUUUUGAUAGCGUACAGUCAUUGUGCUCCUUAUCAAGAUGAUUUGUUAGUUCGUGUCGCAAGAAGUCCUUAUGGAUCAGGAGGCAGUUUAUCGGGAUCAGCAGCAAAUGCUGGAGCAAGUGCUUCUACAUUAACCGCUGGAGGCGGUGGUCAUGGAGGAAUUGGCGGAGGAUUAUCAGGAUCUUCAGCUAAUGCUGGUGCAAGCAGUCAAUCAUUGACUUCUGGAGGAGGCCUUGGACAUGGCGGAGGUUUGUCAGGAUCUGCUGCAAAUGCUGGAGCAAGUUCUCAAACAUUAACUUCCGGAGGAGGAAUCGGUCAUGGAGGUAUUGGCGGAGGAAUUGGUCAUGGAGGUGCUGUCGGAGGACACGGAGGAGGCUUGUCUGGAUCCGCAGCUAAUGCUGGAGCAAGUUCUCAAACGUUAACUUCCGGAGGAGGAAUCGGUCAUGGAGGUAUUGGCGGAGGAAUUGGUCAUGGAGGUGCUGUCGGAGGACACGGAGGAGGCUUAUCUGGAUCCGCAGCUAAUGCUGGAGCAAGUUCUCAAACGUUAGCUUCCGGAGGAGGUAUCGGCGGAGGAAUUGGUCACGGAGGUAUUGGCGGAGGAAUCGGUCAUGGAGGUGCUGUCGGAGGACACGGAGGAGGCUUAUCUGGAUCCGCAGCUAAUGCUGGAGCAAGUUCUCAAACGUUAGCUUCCGGAGGAGGUAUUGGUCAUGGAGGCAUUGGCGGCGGAAUUGGCCAUGGAGGUAUCGGCGGAGGAUAUCACGGAGGUCAUGGAGGUGUUGGCGGAGGAAUCGGUCAUGGAGGACAUGGAGCUGGAUUUUCUGGAUCCGCAGCUAAUGCUGGAGCAAGUAGUCAAACAUUAGCUUCCGGAGGAGGUAUUGGCGGAGGCCUUGGUCAUGGAGGAAUCGGAGGAGGAUUCGGCCAUGGAGGAAUUGGUCACGGAGGAAUCGGCGGAGGAUUUGGAGGAUCCAGUGCAAAUGCUGGUGCUUCUGCAUCAUCUUUGGCUUCCGGAGGUGGUUUAGGACAUGGAGGAUUAGGAGGCGGCUUCGGUGGAGCAAAUGUACGUUUUUAA